CUCCGUCCGUGGGCGAUGCUGGCGGUGCUGGCCCCGCUGCUGGCCCCGCUGCUGGCCCCGUUCCCGGCCGCGGGGGCGGCCCCGGCCCCGCUGACCCUCGCCGUGGUGCUGCCCCGCCGCAACCUCACCUACCCGUGGGCUUGGCCGCGCGUGGGUCCCGCCGUUCGCUUGGCCGCGGCCGCCGUGAAUUCCCGGCGGGAUUUGCUGCCCGGCUUCACCCUGGGCUGGGUGUUCGGCGACAGCGAGGAUCGCCACGGGGUCUGCUCGGAAAUGGCCGCGCCGCUGGUGGCCGUGGACCUGUGGCUCGCCCAUCACCCCGCCGCCUUCCUGGGGCCGGGCUGCGUCUACUCGGCCGCUCCGGUGGCUCGGUUCACCGGGCACUGGCAGCUGCCGCUGGUCACGGCGGGGGCCGAGGCGCACGGCUUCGACGACAAGAGCGAGGAGUUCGGCUUGACCACCCGCGCCGGCCCCAGCCACCGCAAACUGGGCGAACUGGGAGUGCAGCUGCACCGGCGCUUCAACUGGACGCGGCGGGCGCUGCUGGUGUACUGGGACGAGCCGGCGGGAGACCGGCCCUACUACUUCGCCGCCGAGGGUCUGUACGUGCAGCUGCCCACCCUGCGCAACCUCACGGUCAUGGACGUGGUGUUCCGCGACGACGGCAACUUCUCCUUCAUCAUCCAGGAGAUCAAGGCGAAGGGGCGCAUCGUGUACGUGUGCUGCGCCCCGGACACGCUGCGGGAGCUGAUGCUGCAGGCGGAGCGCGCGGGGCUGACGGGCGGCGACUUCGCCUUCUUCUACAUCGACACCUUCGGGGCCAGCCUGCAGGGCCGCCGCUUCCCCGAGCCCCGCCGGCCCUGGCUCCGCGGGGACCCGCACGACGCCCGAGCCCGCCGCGCCUUCCAGGCUGUCACCAUCAUCACCUACAAGGAGCCCGAGAACGCCGAGUACCGGCCCUUCCUGCAGCGCCUCAAGGAGGAGGCGAGGGAGCACUUCAACUUCUCCGUGCAGGACGGACUGAUGAAUUUCAUCGCCGCCGCAUUCCAUGACGGGCUCCUGCUCUACGCCCAGGCGCUCCACGAGACGCUGGAGCGCGGCGGCUCCGUCAGCGACGCUCGGGCCGUCACCCGCCAGAUGUGGAACCGAACCUUCUACGGUGUCACCGGCUUCCUGAAGAUCGACGAGCAGGGGGACCGGGAGAGCGACUACUCCCUGUGGGACAUGGACCCCGAGCACGGGGACUUCCAGAUCGUGGCCAACUACAACGGCACCACCAAGAAGAUCCAGAUGGUGCCGGGCAGAGCCAUCCACUGGCCGGGCAACGCCGUCCCGCCCGAUGUCCCCCCCUGCGGCUUCGAGGGCACCGACCCGCAGUGCCGCAAAGCCUCGCUGUCCACGCUGGAGGUGCUGUCACUCGUGGUCAGCCUGAUCCUCAUGGCCAUCACCGUCACCUCCUUCUUCAUCUGCAGGAAGCUGCAGCUGGAGAAGGAGCUGGCGGCCGAGCUGUGGAGGGUGCGCUGGGAGGAUGUGCAGAUGAGCAGCCUGGAGAAACACCUGAGGAGCGCCGGCAGCAAGCUCACCCUGUCCCUGAGGGGCUCCAACUACGGCUCGCUGAUGACGGCCGAGGGCCAGUUCCAGGUGUACGCCAAGACCGCCUAUUACAAGGGUAACCUGGUGGCCGUGAAGCACCUGAACCGCAAACGCAUCGAGCUGACGCGCAAGGUGCUGUUCGAGCUGAAACACAUGCGGGACGUGCAGAACGAGCACCUGACGCGGUUCAUCGGCGCCUGCACCGACCCGCCCAACAUCUGCAUCCUGACCGAGUACUGCCCGCGAGGGAGCCUGCAGGACAUCCUGGAGAACGAGAGCAUCACCCUGGACUGGAUGUUCCGCUACUCCCUCACCAACGACAUCGUCAAGGGGAUGCAGUUCCUGCACAACGGCGUCAUCGUGUCCCACGGCAACCUCAAGUCCUCCAACUGCGUGGUGGACUCGCGCUUCGUGCUCAAGAUCACCGACUACGGCCUGGAGAGCUUCCGCGUGCCGCCCGACGGCGACGACACCCACGCGCUCUUCGCCAAGAAGCUGUGGACGGCGCCGGAGCUGCUGCGCAUGGAGGAGCCGCCGGCGCGGGGCACGCAGAAGGGCGACGUCUACAGCUUCGGCAUCAUCCUGCAGGAGAUCGCGCUGCGCUGCGGCGUCUUCUACGUGGAGGGCAUGGAGCUCAGCCCCAAAGAGAUCAUCGAGCGGGUGAAGAGCGGGGAGCGGCCCAGCUUCCGUCCCUCGGCCAACGUCGGCUGCCACCUGGAGGAGCUGGGGCAGCUGAUGCAGCACUGCUGGGCCGAGGACGUCCUGGAGCGCCCCGACUUCAACCAGAUCAAGGUCCAGCUCCGCAAGUUCAACAGGGAGAGCAGCACCAACAUCCUGGACAACCUCCUGUCGCGCAUGGAGCAAUACGCCAACAACCUGGAGGAGCUGGUGGAGGAGCGCACCCAGGCCUACCUGGAGGAGAAGCGCAAGGCCGAGGCUCUGCUCUACCAGAUCCUGCCCCACUCGGUGGCAGAGCAGCUCAAGAGGGGCGAGACGGUGCAGGCGGAGGCGUUUGACAGCGUCACCAUCUACUUCAGUGACAUCGUGGGGUUCACGGCGCUGUCGGCCCAGAGCACCCCCAUGCAGGUGGUGACGCUGCUCAACGACCUCUACACCUGCUUCGACGCCAUCAUCGACAACUUCGACGUCUACAAGGUGAGGGGACACCUGGGGGACACCUCGGGGACACCUGGGGGGCGCCUUGGGGACACCUCGGGGCACCUGGGGACACCUGGGGGACACCUGGGGGACACCUCGGGGCAC